GCAGUGACAUUAGAAUGAACGUGCAACUGAGAUAUGCAAAAGCUCCUCGUAGCAUCAGUUAUUUAUGCUUCGUAUUCGUGGAGAGUUCGUGAACCUUUCCUGAAAAAGGAAUUGAUAUCCAUGAAUGAAUAUGUUUUUUAAAGCAAGGAGGAAAUACAUAGCAGGUACUGUUAAGGUUUCAGGUCGUCUGCAUCGAGUCGAGUUUUACUUUCGGAAUGUCCGUGUGAAGUCCAUUGUACCAAGGUGCAUUCAGUACGACACUUAACAUGAUUACUAUUGGCUCUAUGGUGUUUUGUGAUCAUGCCGAACAGGCCUUGGAACCUUCCAGCGGUGUCUUGGUCACUCGUACGACUGCAUAAUGACUAAAUGGAAAGAACUUGUGGUCUGUUUGUUGGUGUCAGUGUUGCUUUACAAGUUAUCUCCAUCGGAAAUGUCACUUCAGCAAAUUGGCUGAACUAUCAUCGGGAAGUGGUUGAAUUUGAAACUACCAUAAGUAGUAACUUUUAUUCCAUCUGACAUGGCGGACCCGGAAAUGGUUACCCAAAAAGAGCGAAGUAGACAGAUUGACAGGUAUCUGAAGGAUGAGAAGAAGAAAUACGACGAUUAUGUAAAGAACACGAUGAAACUGCUUCUUGUUGGCGCUGGUGAGUCCGGGAAAAGUACCAUCGUAAAACAGAUGAAAAUACUGCAUCAAGGUGGAUAUGAUGACGAGGAAAGGAGAGAAUUUAUCCCCAUUAUCCGUGGAAAUCUUAGAGAUGCUAUACUGACUAUUACUGGCAGUAUGCAAACUCUGCAGCCAACAAUACAUCUCAGCGAUCCUACUCUCAAGCCUUGCCUCGAUUAUAUGCUAGAUCAUGCAUCUCUUCCAGAUUUUCAGUACACAGAGGAAUUCUAUAACAAGGCAAAGAUGUUGUGGGAAGAUGAAGGUGUACAGGAGUGCUACGGACGAGCUAAUGAAUACCAACUCAUCGACAGUGCGGAGUAUUUUCUUGAUCACAUUGAUGAGAUUCGAGAAGAAGACUAUUCACCUUCAAACCAGGACAUACUGAGAUCAAGGAAGAUCACAACAGGUGUACUACAAACUAGUUUUGAAGUAAAUAACGUGCAUUUCCAGAUGUUGGAUGUUGGUGGCCAAAGAGAUGAGAGGAAAAAGUGGAUCCAGUGCUUUUCAGAUAUUACAGCAUUGAUCUUCGUGGUUGCUUGCAGUAGCUUUGACCUUGUCUUGCGUGAAGACCAGAAUAAGAAUCGCUUACAGGAGUCUCUUGAACUGUAUGAAAGACUGUGGAAAAACAGGUUUCUGAGGAGUACCUCAGUAAUUUUGUUCCUGAAUAAACAAGAUAUUUUAGCCCAGAAAGUGUCAAAGGGUACAUCUCUGCUUGGCCACUACUUCACAGACUAUGAAAAUUUUGAGCCUCCAGAAACCAUUGAACCUCCUGAAGGUUGGUGCUGCUUUUCAACUAAGACUAAGAGAGCCGAACAAAGGCGACGAGAAUCAAUGUUCCCUGCACUGAAUAUCAGCGAGAGUAAAGAAUUUUUCAAGGCGAAAAGUUUCAUCAAAACCAAAUUCCAGGAGCUUAGUGUUGGUGAUAAAAAAGAGCAUCACUUCAUUAAGCACUGCUAUCCUCAUUUCACUAUUGCUGUCAGUUCAGAAAACAUCAGCAUUGUUUUUGACUCCUGCAAAGACAUGAUACAGCGCUUGCAUCUUGCCAAAGCUGGUAUAAUUCGCUAGAUGUCAUAGAGAAUCCCAGAUUGAUGUUCAUGCUCAUCAAACCAUAUGCUGCCUUCAUGCCCAUGCUGGCAUAUCAGUGUCUUGGACUUGGUAUACAAACAUUUUGUUUACACACCAUUUUAAUCUCUGAUUUAAGUUUCUUUUGUUUACUAUGUUAUGAUGCUUAGUUUGUCAAUAUUACCAUGUAAUGCACGUUUCAUCGUAUUUCACUCAACAUAGUAGGCUCUCUGAAAGAUAUAAUAUUGCAAUAGAUAUAAUAUUAUAAUAAAGCAAGCUGUAAUAGUGUGAAUUGUGUCAAUAAUAAAAGCCUGAACACCCUUCUGCCAUGUGUCUGCAGGACACACAACAAAUAAUUCAAAACCUUAUUAGCUUUAACAAAGCCAACAUCUUGGGAUGCUGAAAUAAAAAAGAGAACAUUAUUUUCGUAAUGUGUGUACAAUAAAAUAUGCUACCAUUUAAAGGUACUUUAGAUCAAUUGGCAUAGUGCACCUUAUUCAGAGGUUUAUACAUGUACAUGUAUUAUUACAAGUACUAGCAGUACCACUAGCUGGUAUACAGAGGCGUAGUAGCAGAUCAAACUUGUCAAUACAUGUAAGUUGCCUGAUUGUAUGUGGAUCACAGCAGCUUAAACUUUAACUGUCCAAAUGGGCCAUUCUAAUUUGUACUUUCUUUGACUACUAUAUUUCAAUGAAAAAAAAACAGGAGAAAGCUAAUAACAAACCUUCCUGUACCCCAUGCUGGUCUAAGUUAACUGCAUGUUACAAUCACAGUGUUGGAGAUCAAAGUUCUACAGUGAUAAUAAAUAUGAAGGCACGUUAAAAAGGGGUUUCUGAGAUCAACAGUGCAAAAUGAAAACAAACCUGUGUGAGAAUGAGGAAAUCAAUUUAAGACACUAAACCCAGACAUUACCAAAGAAAUGUGAACUGUGAGUUUGUGAGUCUUCUUUGAUGGUUGUUUCUCUUUUAAGAAGCCAUCUUAACAAUGACCUGCAGUUUAUAACUUUUUUUGAGCUCAAGUUACCAUGGAGUGAAUACAGUUGUGAUUGAAAAAGGUCUGAUCCUUGCCGGAUCAUUGCCAGAGAAGGUAAUGCAUAGUAUUCUUGCUGUGUCAAGUAGAAUUGGACAAUGCUAAAAUAAUUUUGUAAUGAGUCACUUUUCUUGAAUUCCCUUUAAACUCUAAUUGUGCGAGUCCGAAGCAAAAAGCCCAUCAUAAACAUACUGUACAGAUGUAAACUAUGUCAUGUAGAGUAGCAUCAUCAAUAUGGAAAUAAAAUGUUAGUUAGCAGUAUCAGAAAUUUGUGCUGGAAAUAGGGGGAUGGGGAAGAGUGGGGGGUGAUGGGUGACACCAUAUAACUUUAUCACACACCUCUUCCUGGUUCUUUAUCCCAGUUAGUUGAAAUAUGAUCACGUGUGGUUCACCAAUAUGGGUUAAUACAUGAAUUUGAUGUCAUUGUGACUCAAUAUGCAUCUAGACAUUGCACACACAUCAAUUCCAGAGACUGGUGCCCAGUUAGGUACUAUUGCGGUUAUUGCGCCCUCUGGAGGUUCUUCUGAAUUGAACCAGUUUUCUUUCCUUAAUUGUAUACAGCAACUCAAAAUUAGACUGCUUUUAUGGAGAUUAAAAUUAAUCUUCAGUUUUUCCAAUUUUUGAAUUGGUAUUGGGUGAAAAGUUAAAUUUAAACAGUUAAAAUCCUUUAAGAAUUCUUUUCCUUGAUGAAUGUAACCACUCAAAAUUAGACUGCGUCAAGGGACACUAAAGAGAACCUUUAAUUUUUUUUGGGGGGGGGGGCAAUUUUUGAAGUGCUAUUGAAAGUUGAGAUGAAAUAGUUCAAACCCUGAAAGAAUAUUUUUGUAGUUUGGGUGUGUUAUAAAACACAUAUGGACUGGCCAAAUUCGGUCACUGACAGUCCCUCAGGGACACAGACAUGCACUAGUGACCUCAUUGCCAGUCCAUGUGUAUAAUACAGAAGGUAAUGUUCAUGAUACUGAUGUAUAUCUGUCAUAUGUAUUCAAAAUGGCAUAUUUAUGGCUUUUUGACAUUCUUUGUCCUUUUUUUUGAGUGAUAUCGAGUUCGUAUUACAUGCAGUUCUUCACAAUCCACUUUAAUAUUUGGCUUACCACAAAAAGGGGGGGGGGGUACCAUAGCCCAUCCCCCACCUCAAAAAGUGGGGGAUAUAUACCCCCACCCCCUGGUUAAAAUACUAAGAUUUUUGGUAAACUAAACAAAAGUGCUCUUCCUAGGUAGAGGUAUUUAUUCCUUCAUAAAAGCUUUGUACAAAUCAUUUUCAAGUGUAAAAAUUGUAUAAAGGAAGCAUGUUAAUUAUGUUUUCUGUACAGUGUAGUUUUGCAACGUAAAAAUUAGAUAAAUGGUCUACUUCAAAUUUUCAGUGCUUCAAAAAGUUUAAUUCCUGCCUACCAAACUGUUGGACAGGACUGACUUAUGCAGCAGGUUCCUUAUGUUGCCAUUAUCCUCUGUCUCUGAAUGACUCGCUUCCCUUUUGGGGAUGGGCAAAUCUUGAACCUCAGUGAGCCAUCACUUAACAUGAGAUAGAUUAUGUAAGGUAGUCUUACAUGGUAUGAACCGGAAAACCAUUUUUCUACAUUUAAUAUACUGGUUAUUGAUGUGUCGAUAUUUACAUUCACAAAUACUUAAAUAUGUUGGAGAGGAAGAUUGAAAACUUCUUUUUCCUCUUUAUGGUGGUCCAGUGUACAUUAUAGUUCAUUUUUCAGUACGUAAAUUGAAGAAUAUUCUAUGUGUGUUUGAAAUAGUUUAUGUUCAGACACAAACCUUAUCCGUAAAUUAUCUUUGACGUUGAAGAAACUAUAUGCAUGUAAAUGCAUGUGUUCAAUGCAAAAAUGCAAGUCACCCUGCUGCAUUUGGUCCCAUGGGCUGACCCGACAACCCUGAAGUUAAACAGAUCCCCCUAUGCAUGGGAACAAUACUACAGUUUUGGUUGAGGACCUGCCAUAAUGGAAGUAACAUGACUUCGAAAGAAACAAAAAAGGAAUCAAGGAAAAGAGUUGUAGUAAUAGCACUCAUCAAACACCACACUUUUCAUAUUUAUUGCAUUUAUUAUAUCAAACAGUAAAUAUUCAGUAUAAGCCUUUUGUGGCAGCUUAUGAAAGGUUUCCAAGGAAUAAAGGAUUUUCCAUGAACAGAGGAUCUGCAAAAAAAUUCAGAUUGUUAUUUCAGCUAAUACUGAUUUUUCAUACUUGUAAAAUUCAGAGUCAAUGGCUAAAAUCAAUAAAUUCUUAUUCUUAAACUCCACUGAAAACAAGCACAAA